AUGGCCGCGGGCAUCGAUCGGAGUGUCGUAGUCAGACGCGGUCACGGGCAUACUGCUAAAGUUAAACGGAAUUUAUGGAGUAUUUGUAACAAAAUUCGAGAGGUAGUAAAUUUCAUCAAAUUUAAUUUUUGGGAAUAUUAUUCAAUAUAUGAUACAAAAAAGACUGGAUACGUAACAGUUUUCAAAUUCAAAAAUACAUUGUCUGGACCAUUAAAAUCUAUUAUUAAUUUAAAUGAUGAGGAAAUACAACUGCUAGUCAACUAUUUUGAAAAAUCCAAUGGACAAGUACCAUAUGGACAAUUUUGCGAAAUUAUACACGAGUCAAAUCUACCAAUAAAUGAGGAUGAAUUGAACUGGGUGAAAAAAAAUGACCCACAAUCAAUUUUUACUGAUGUAAGCAUAAAAGACAAAAUUAAAGAAAAUGGUACGAGAUCAUACAGUAAUAAAAAUGUUUAUCACCCAGUAAUAGCAAAUAAAACACAUAAAAAGGAUAAUGUGUUAACAAUAUUGAGAAAUCUUCAAAAACUUGUUUUAGUAAAUCGAAUUAAUAUUGGACAAUUUUUUAAAACAUUUGAUCCUCAUGAAAAAGGACAUGUAACUGAAACACAAUUCCGCAGGUGUUUAGACAUGAUAGGUGUCAGUUCAUUAGGUUCAAUAUACUAUCCGGAGAAAGAAUUAUCUGUAUUGUUGCUUAUGUAUAAAGAUAAAGAAUGUCCUGAAAGAAUCAACUGGAAACACUUUGAAGAUGAAAUAAAUACUGUAUUUAUGGAAAAAAACUUGGAAAAAUCUUCGGAUAUAGAAGUAAAAUGCGAUCGAAAUGUGAACGAAAUGCUUCGAGUAAAAGGACAAGAUUGGGAUGCAGUGGAAUUAAAUUUACAAUAA